AUGGCCUCGCCUGUAGCAUCCGCAGCUCUAAAGGCUCGAGUUAGUCGACCUUCGAUGCUAAAGAAGCUAUGCCGACCUGAAGACAUGCUUCACCAUUUCCCUAAUGGUGCCUAUAUUGGUUGGUCGGGGUUCACUGGUGUGGGUUAUCCAAAGAAAAUACCCACGUUUUUAGCAGACCAUGUCGAAAAGAACAACCUCCAGGGCAAGCUCCGCUACACAUUAUUUGUCGGCGCGUCGUCAGGAGCCGAAACCGAGAACCGAUGGGCUGGGCUCGACAUGAUCGAGAGGCGUAGUCCUCACCAAGUCGGCAAGGCCAUUGCAAAGGGCAUUAACGAAGGAAGAAUUAAAUUUUUUGAUAAGCAUUUAUCUAUGUUUCCAGUAGAUCUAGUAUAUGGAUUUUACACUAAGGAUAGGCCGAACAACAAAUUAGACGUCGUAGUGGUUGAGGCUUCGGAAAUCAAAGAAGAUGGAAGCAUCGUACCAGGCGCAUCGGUCGGCGCAACACCAGAACUCAUACAGCUCGCAGACAAGAUUAUUAUUGAAGUCAAUACGUCCAUCCCUAGCUUUGAUGGACUUCACGACAUUACAAUGACCGACUUACCCCCUAGACGAAAGCCCUACCUAAUUAUGGGCGUCGAAGACCGUAUUGGAACUACAUCUAUCCCUAUCGAUCCGGAGAAGGUUGUUGGCGUGAUCGAGUCCGAUUACCAAGAUCAAACGACGCAUAACACACCUGCAGAUGAAAACUCUCGUGCGAUCGCACGUCACCUGAUCGAGUUUUUUGAGCACGAAGUCCAACACGGACGCAUGCCCAAGUCUCUCCUCCCCCUGCAAUCUGGUAUCGGUAACAUCGCCAACGCUGUCAUCGGCGGCCUUAGCGAAUCAAACUUCUGGAAUCUGAAAGUAUGGACUGAGGUUAUCCAAGACACCUUCCUCGAUCUCUUCGACUCUGGCCGCCUCGAUUUCGCUACCGCAACCUCGGUCCGCUUCUCUCCCGAAGGCUUUAAGCGCUUCUACGAUAACUGGGAAGCAUACCGCAACAAGUUGCUCCUACGUUCGCAACAGGUUUCCAACUCUCCUGAGAUUAUCCGCCGACUAGGUGUAAUUGGCAUGAACACGCCCGUCGAGGUUGACAUCUACGCGCACGCCAACAGCACGAACGUGAUGGGCAGUCGCAUGCUGAAUGGACUAGGCGGCUCUGCUGACUUCUUGCGGUCGUCUAAGUACAGUAUCAUGCACACACCAUCAACACGACCAUCUAAGACAGAUCCGAUUGGUGUUAGCUGUAUCGUACCAAUGUGCACACACGUAGACCAAACCGAGCACGACUUAGAUGUAAUAGUAACGGAAACGGGUCUCGCAGACGUCCGAGGCUUGAGCCCCCGCGAGCGCGCCCGCGUCAUCAUCGACAAGUGCGCCCACGAAGAUUACCGACCCAUCCUCAAGGAUUACUUUGAGAAGGCCGAGUUCGAAUGCCUCAAGAAGGGCUGGGGCCACGAGCCGCACCUACUUUUCAAUAGCUUCGACAUGCACAAGGCGUUAUUAGAGGAGGGCAGCAUGCGAAAGAUUAAGAAGUGGUAA